AUGAUGAAUAGCACCAGAGAUAUCACGCUCUCUGGGCAAGCCAGGCUCCAGGUUGGAAAUGUUUACAACGACUACCAAUCUGAUGCAAGCAACGUCCAUCCACUAAUUGUGUAUGACGCAAUGUUCGACAGCCAUGCCGAGGAGUUUAAUGCCCGAUGUCUGGAUGAUACUCGAGUCGACCUUCUCCGCGACAUCACCGAAUGGGCCGAUAAUCCUUGCGGAGAACCUAUAUAUUGGUUGAACGGCAUGGCUGGCACCGGCAAGUCUACGGUGUCUCGUACUAUUGCUGAACGGUUCAACGAACGUGGAAUUCUCGGCGCGAGCUUCUUCUUCAAGAGAGGCGAGGCCGACCGAGGAACAGCAACGUUUUUUUUUACGACGCUUGCCGCCCAACUGGGUCUGAAAGUGCCCCAAAUCGCAGCAUCCUUCAGAGCAGCCAGAGAUACCGACCCAAAUUUUAGAAAAGCUUUACGAGAGCAGUUUGACAAGCUCAUCUUACAACCAUUCUCAGAGUUUUACGACGCACACACCCUCUUGCUUGUCGUUGAUGCCUUCGACGAAUGUAACGGCGACGACGAUAUCAAACGUAUAAUACAGCUCCUCUCGCAAAUGCAGAGUUCACACGUACGCCUCAAGACCUUUAUUACCAGCCGGCCUGAGUUGCCAAUUCGCCUCGGCUUCACGAAUAUCAAGGGGAAAUAUCAGAAUCUAAUCCUUCAUGAGAUUCCCGCGCCAGUGAUCGAGCACGACAUCUGCACUUUCUUCAAGCAUGAGCUUGUCAAGGUCAGGGACAGCUACAAUGAUGUGAUGCCUGAGGAUGUCCGACUGCCUUCAGAUUGGCCCGGUCAAACUGUCCUUUCAACCCUUGUCCACAUGGCCGUCCCGCUGUUCAUCUUCGCCGCCACGAUAUGCCGGUUCAUUGAUGAUGACCAGGUUCUGGACCCUAAAAGCCAACUAGAAAAAGUUUUGCAGUAUCGGGAAACCACACCCGGUUCUGGUCUGGGCCAACUUGGCCCUACGUACCUCCCUGUCCUUAAUCAGCUUGUCAGGAACGCUAAGUCGAAAAAUCGCACGUUGAACGAGUUCCGUGAUAUUGUUGGUCCUAUUGUGCUGCUCGCUGAGCCGCUCUCAAUAUCGUCCCUCUCUGCAUUCCUUAAUCAUACUCAACAAUUCAUCUGCGCCAAGCUCAGUCGCCUUCAUUCUGUCAUCGAUAUUCCAUCUAAGACAAAUUCUCCAGUUAAAAUGUUCCACCUGUCCUUCCGCGACUUUCUCGUCAACCGAGAUCAUACACAUGACUUCUCUAUAGACGAGAUAGAUUAUCACACUAAGAUCGCAGACAGAUGCCUCCAAAUCAUGAACGACAGCCUCCGAAGAAAAGACAUCUGCGGCCUAAGAGCUCCUGGCUCUCGAUGCGCGGACGCUGCCAGCAAGAUAAGCACUUAUCUCCCGGCACAUAUCCGGUACGCCUGUCUGUACUGGGUGCAUCAUUUGCAACAAAGCAAUGGCAGGUUACGAGACUUGGAUCCAGUUCAUAAGUUCUUAAAUCAUCAUUUCCUUCACUGGCUUGAGGCUCUGUGCCUCUUAGGCAAAGUAAACGAAAGCAUCGAAAUGGUUAAUACUUUACAAAGGCUUGUUGAGUUCCUUCAUGAUGCGAGCCGGUUUAUUCUCAAUUACGCAUUAAUAAUAAGCCAGUUUCCUCUUCAGCUCUACUUCUCAGCAAUUAUUUUUUCCCCAAUUCAAAGUAAAAUUCGCAAAACAUUUAUCAAAGAACGAUUGAAGCGGGUAUCUCUACCAAAAGCAGACGCGGAGUGGAGAGCCUGUCUACAGACGUUCGAGGGCCAUUCUGAUUGGGUGAAUUCGGUCGUGUUCUCACCAGACGGCCAACUACUGGCGUCAGCCUCAGGCGAUAAGACUAUCAAGCUCUGGGAUCGGACCGGCGCCUGUUUACAGACGUUCGAGGGUCAUUCCAGUCCGGUGAGUUCGGUCGUGUUCUCACCAGACGGUCAACUACUAGCGUCAGCUUCAGACGAUAAGACUGUCAAGCUCUGGGAUCGGACCGGCGCCUGUUUACAGACGUUCGAGGGCCAUUCUAAUUGGGUGAAUUCGGUCGUGUUCUCACCAGACGGUCAAUUACUAGCGUCAGCUUCAGACGAUGAGACUAUCAAGCUCUGGGAUCGGACCGGCGCCUGUUUACAGACGUUCGAGGGUCAUUCCAGUCCGGUGAAUUCGGUCGUGUUCUCACCAGACGGUCAACUACUGGCGUCAGCUUCAGAAGAUGAUACAAUCAAGCUCUGGGAUCGGACCGGCGCCUAUUUACAGACGUUCGAGGGCCAUUCCAAUCCGGUGAGUUCGAUCGUGUUCUCACCAGACGGCCAACUACUGGCGUCAGCUUCAGGCGAUAAGACUAUCAAGCUCUGGGAUCGGACCGGCGCCUGUUUACAGACGUUCGAGGGUCAUUCCAGUCCGGUGAAUUCGGUCGUGUUCUCACCAGACGGUCAACUACUGGCGUCAGCCUCAGACGAUAAGACUAUCAAGCUCUGGGAUCGGACCGGCGCCUGUUUACAGACGUUCGAGGGUCAUUCCAGUCCGGUGAGUUCGGUCGUGUUCUCACCAGACGGCCAACUACUAGCGUCAGCUUCAGACGAUGAGACUAUCAAGCUCUGGGAUCGGACCGGCGCCUGUUUACAGACGUUCGAGGGUCAUUCCAGUCCGGUGAGUUCGGUCGUGUUCUCACCAGACGGUCAACUACUAGCGUCAGCUUCAGACGAUAAGACUGUCAAGCUCUGGGAUCGGACCGGCGCCUGUUUACAGACGUUCGAGGGCCAUUCUAAUUGGGUGAAUUCGGUCGUGUUCUCACCAGACGGUCAACUACUGGCGUCAGCCUCAGACGAUAAGACUAUCAAGCUCUGGGAUCGGACCGGCGCCUGUUUACAGACGUUCGAGGGUCAUUCCAGUCCGGUGAGUUCGGUCGUGUUCUCACCAGACGGCCAACUACUAGCGUCAGCUUCAGACGAUGAGACUAUCAAGCUCUGGGAUCGGACCGGCGCCUGUUUACAGACGUUCGAGGGUCAUUCCAGUCCGGUGAGUUCGGUCGUGUUCUCACCAGACGGCCAACUACUAGCGUCAGCUUCAGAAGAUGAUACAAUCAAGCUCUGGGAUCGGACCGGCGCCUGUUUACAGACCUAUAGCCUUAAUGCCGACUGUACAUGGAUUCUACACAACAGAGCAAAGAUGCUCUGGCUGCCCCCAGACUAUCGGCCAGGGGUGUCAGCCGUGGCAGGUUCAGCCGUAGCGAUCGGUUGUAUUUCGGGCCGGGUCGUAUUACUAGAUUUCUCAGAAGAUGAGUCAGUUUAA